AUGGUGUAUGGGAUGAAUGAUGCACAAGAAAGGUUACUGUUAUGGUUGGAUUUGCAGAGAAUUAGUAAGGGUGUCACUGGUGCUUGGUUGGUAGGGGGUGACUUUAACAAUGUGCUGCAUCUCAAUGAAAGAAUAGGGUCGCCUGUCACUUUAGAUGAAGUUAUGGAUUUCAGACAGUGUCUGAGAAACUGUGAAUUACAAGAACAAGUAACUGUUGGGCCUUUCUUUACUUGGUCUAAUAAACAGGAGGGAUGUGAUCGAGUGUUCUCUCGAAUAGAUCGAGUUGUUGUGAAUGAGAAAUGGAUGGAGCAAUAUCCAAAUGCUGAAACAUUGUUCUUGCCUGAAAAUAUUUCAGAUCAUUGCCCAUGUUUGAUCAAAUUAGACAAGAGAGUAAUAAAUAAACCUAAGCCUUUUAGGUUUUUUAACAUGUGGACUGAAGCUACAUCCUUUAUGGAGAGAGUUCAAGUAGGGUGGGAGGAGAGAAUUCAAGGGACUCCUAUGUUCAUAGUUGUUAAGAAGUUAAAAGGGCUGAAGAGGGGUCUUAAAGAGCUUAACAAGGAGAGAUUUGCAGAUGUGGAAAAUGCUGCAGAUGAAGCCUAUAAGAAGCUUAUUGGGAUCCAGCAACAAAUUCAUCAGGAUCCAAGGAAUGCUCAGCUCCACAGAAUAGAGGGUGACGCUAAAGAUGAGUAUCUUGCCCUCAACAAGGCUAGAUUAAGCUUCUUGCAGCAAAAAGUGAAGCAACAGUGGGUUAAAAAAGGGGAUUCAAACACUGCAUAUUUUCAUUCUUGUUUGAAGCAGAGAAGGAUUCAGAAUAAAGUUAGUAGAAUCAAGAACUUGGCAGGAAGUUGGCAGGAGGAGAAUGAAGAUAUUGAAAGGGCUUUUCUAGAAUUUUAUACUGGUCUGCUGGGUACUAUACAACCUACUAGUAUGCCUGUCAGCAAAUCAGUUAUACAGGAGGGGUAUGUCUUAACUAGUGAACAAUAG